AAAUUUGAUAUACCAGCCUGGUUUAUAAACCCUAUUUGAGGGUUGAGCUGUUUUUCCUGGUCUAUCUCCGUAAGCCGGCGAGAUCUGCGUGAAAGGAAGAAAACGAACAGCCAUGAGACCCAUCUUGAUGAAAGGCCAUGAAAGGCCUUUGACAUUUCUUAAAUACAACCUUGACGGAGACAUAUUAUUUUCUUGUGCCAAGGACCACACACCCACCGUCUGGUUUGCCGACAACGGCGAACGCCUCGGCACCUACCGCGGCCACAACGGCGCUGUUUGGUGCUGCGAUGUCUCAAGAGAUUCUAUGAGACUGAUUACGGGUAGUGCGGAUCAGAGUGUUAAGCUAUGGAAUGUUCAGACGGGGGAGCAAUUGUACUCAUUUAAUUUCGGUUCUCCGGCUAGGGCUGUGGACUUUGCCGUGGGCGAUAAGCUUGCCGUGAUUACCACCGAUCCUUUCAUGGAUUCCCCUUCUGCUAUUCACGUCAAACAGAUCUCCAGAGACCCCAGUGACCAGGUGGGUGAAUCUGUGCUCACCAUCAAGGGCCCUCAGGGAAGAAUUAAUAGAGCUGUUUGGGGACCUCUGAAUAAGACUAUCAUAAGUGCUGGAGAAGAUGCCAUGGUUCGUAUAUGGGAUUCUGAGACUGGAAAACUUCUUAAAGAGUCGGACAAGGAAUCAGGCCACAAAAAGACGAUAACAUCACUGUCAAAAUCUGCAGAUGGUUCACAUUUCCUCACUGGAUCUCUUGAUAAAUCUGCUAAGCUGUGGGACAUCAGAACGUUGACUCUUAUCAAGACAUACGUGACAGAACGUCCAGUCAAUGCUGUUGCAAUGUCUCCACUCCUUAAUCAUGUGGUUCUUGGAGGUGGUCAAGAUGCAUCACAUGUCACAACGACUGAUCAUCGUGCUGGGAAAUUUGAGGCCAAAUUCUUUGACAAGAUUCUUCAAGAAGAAAUUGGAGGUGUGAAAGGACAUUUUGGACCAAUAAAUGCAUUGGCUUUCAACCCAGAUGGGAAAAGUUUCUCAAGCGGUGGUGAAGAUGGUUAUGUACGAUUGCAUCACUUUGACUCGGAUUACUUCAACAUCAAGAUCUAGAUUUUGAGCUUAUUAAGUUUAUUAGAAUGGAGCUUCGGAGCUUAUUGAAAACGAACAACUAUUUUUGUUCCUCGUUAGUUGUUCUGGUCAAUUAUUUUUGUAGGGAGUAUUUUAAGGUACUAGAUUGGGCUAUGUGAGUGUUUAAAAUAGGUUCAAGAAAAUAUCUAAACCUCUUCAGAUCUAUAAAAAGCAUAGCCGAUCGAUGUCAAUAUAUCAUGAAUGCCACUUGUAACUA